CAGAUUCAUUUCAUUCCUUCGAGGUGUGAUGUGAUCAAUGUGAAUUUAUUAUAUGAUAAAUUUCCUUAUCGUAUUUGCCAUGAGGUAGCACCGGUCAAUAAUUAAAACAAUAUUUUAAUAUUAUGCCUUAAAUUUUGUUUGAAUACAAAGUUUUUCGGGAAUGCCAAACAUGAAUAAUGCCUCCGUCACCAACGAAGAAUAUGAAGUGAUAGGUGAAGCCCAUUGGCAGAUUUUGGAAGGAUCUGAUGACCAGGCAAUCAGGAUUUAUGGCUACAAAUAUUCAAGAUUCCGAUCAACAAUUUUUCGUGCAAUAUGUAUAUCACUCUGUGGGCUUCCAUAUUUUGUUCUAGCAUACUCACCCGCUUACAACCGCUACAAAUAUAUCAAAUGCAGCUUGAAAAAUGCAGAACACAUUUGUGUCAUGGACAGCGAAGGCACCUUUACAAUAGUAAAAGUGGAUAAAGUGGACCUGAAUCUGUUGAACCAUAGAGACAAUACACUUCGUUUUUUUAUUUACCAACACAGCCGAUACAUCUGGCUGAAUGAUCAAGGAGCGUUUAUUAAUGUACAGGCACUGAACGAAAAACUUACAUUGAAUAUAUUGAUGGAAAAUAUAUCUGGGAUCAAUAAAAGACAACAGAAUGAGCUUAUCAAACUUUAUGGAAACAAUUCGGUAGAGGUGGAAGUGAAAAGGUACUGGACGAUAUUUUGCAGUGAAGUGUUCAAUCCGUUCUAUUUGUUUCAAAUAUUCUCGAUUAUUCUCUGGUCUUUGGAUGAAUACUACCAGUAUGCGACAUGUGUGUUCAUACUGUCUGCCAUAUCCUGUAUGUUGGCCCUCUACGAAACCAAACAGAUGAGUGUUAAAAUCCACAAUAUGGCGGGCUCAACCUGUACAUUUACGGUGAGCGUUUUACGUCCGUCUCGUACGGGACGUGAGGAGUGUGUGGUGAACGCGAGUCGUCUCGUACCCGGUGACGUCCUCGUGCUGCCCCCUGAUGGGUGUGUCAUGCCCUGUGAUGCUAUGCUCUUGACGGGAUCCUGUAUUGUCAAUGAAAGCAUGCUUACUGGCGAGAGUGUACCAGUAAUGAAGGGUCCGCCAUGUCCAACCCCUGAAUUAUAUUCCACAGAGAAUCACAAGAGACAUACACUCUUCGCGGGCACACAUGUCAUACAGACAAGAUUUUAUGGAAAUAAUCAGGUAUUAGCGAAAGUGGUCCGAACUGGGUUUUACACAGCGAAAGGGGAAAUGAUCAAAAGUAUAUUGUUCCCGAAGCAAUUUGACUUCCAAUUCUACAAAGACGCGGUGAAAUUCGUUAUUUUUAUGUUCUGUAUCGCCGCUAUGGGAAUGGUUUAUUCGAUUUGGUUGUACGUGCAAAGAGGGAGUUCAUUGGGUACAAUCAUACUUCGGACGCUGGAUAUAAUAACAAUAGUCGUUCCACCGGCGUUGCCCGCUGCUAUGACGGCGGGGAUCGUGUACAGUCAGCAGCGAUUAAAGAAGAACAAAAUAUUCUGUGUAUCACCGCCUAAAAUUAUUAUCUGUGGGAAGCUUCAGGUCAUGUGCUUUGAUAAGACUGGAACCCUCACAGAGGAUGGCUUAGAUCUCUACGCAGUAAUACCGUCUAAUGAGGAAGAAGUCUUUGGCCGAUGUGUGGAUGACAUCAGCUCGCUUCCAACCAACAGUCCAUUGGUACAGGCCUUGGCCUCUUGUCAUUCCUUGACAAGUAUUCAGGGACAGUUGAAGGGAGACCCACUCGAUCUGAAGAUGUUCGAGUUUACGCAGUGGGUCUUGGAGGAGCCCGGACCAGAGAAUACUAGAUACGAUAAUCUAACACCUGCGAUUGUAAAACCGCCGUUCACGAGGAAUGAAGAUUUGCAAAAUUUGGAUAAUUUGGACCCGUUGACUAUGGAAAUGCCUUAUGAGAUUGGUCUGUUGCGAAGAUUCCACUUCUCCUCUUCACAACAAUCUAUGGGUGUCAUAGCAAGAAUAUUGGGACAGCCCUCUAUGGUCUAUUAUGUUAAAGGAGCCCCAGAAAAGAUUGCCGGUAUGUGUGAUCCCCUAACAUUGCCAGAAAACUUCAAUUCCACAUUAAACGAAUACACGUCAAACGGUUUCCGUGUAAUUGGUCUUGCGUAUAAGAAACUCGACCGUAAAAUGAAAUGGAUGGACGCUCAAAGGGUUAAAAGAGAAGUUCUGGAGAAUGGAAUGACUUUUCUAGGAUUUUUGGUGAUGCAAAACAGCCUGAAGCCGGAAACAACGCAUAUUAUUAAAGAGCUUCAUGAGGCUAAUAUGAAGCAGAUUAUGGUUACUGGGGACAAUAUAAUGACAGCUAUGUCAGUGGCGCGAGGUUGUUUCAUGGUGCAACCUCAACAAAAGGUUGUACUGGUAACAAUAGGCUUGCAACAGACCGGAGAUCAAAGGCCGCCAUUGUCUAUGGAGAUUGUAGGCGAAGGCGGGCCACCAAAGUUAGCUAUUGAAGACUAUGUGAUCGCUAUGGAAGGAAAAACUUGGGCGAUUGUUAGAACGCAUUACCCGGAGUUCAUGCCCACUGUGCUUAGCAAAGGAAUGAUAUUCGGUCGGUUCGGCCCAGACCAGAAGACUCAGUUAAUAACAGCGUUACAAGGGGAAGGCUUGAUAGUGGGUAUGUGCGGAGAUGGAGCUAACGAUUGUGGGGCUUUGAAAGCCGCACACGUUGGGAUAUCUCUCUCUGAAGCAGAUGCCUCUGUUGCGGCCCCUUUCACAUCUCAAGAGCAGAACAUAACUUGCGUGAAAUUGUUGGCUUUGGAAGGGCGAUGUGCUUUAAGUACGUCCUUCGCAAUAUUCAAAUACAUGGCUCUGUACUCGCUCAUACAAUUCUUCUCUAUCCUCAUAUUGUACAAUUUCUACUCGAUUCUCGGCAACAACCAAUUCCUAUACAUCGAUCUAGUUUUGACAACUCUGUUGGCCCUGUCUCUUGGUCGAGCUGGACCCGGCCCAAUACUUACAAAGCAAUCGCCUGCAGUAUCACUAGUAGCAUUGUCCAGUCUACUUCCACUCUUCAUACAAGUGACGUUAGUGCUAGUAGUACAAGUAGUGGCUACUGUGCUACUCUUCUCGCAGCCUUGGUUCGAGUCAGUGAAAGGUGGACCAGACAUAGAGCAGGUGUUGUGUUGGGAGAAUACAGUAAUAUUCAUCGUGACUGCAUUCCAAUAUUUGAUAAUGGCAUGCGUCUACGCUAAAGGCUGGCCCUUUAGACAACCUUUUUGUGCCAAUUAUUACAUGGUGAUAACACUACUGAGUCAGGCGUUUUUCGUCACCCUUCUCCUGUUCUGCCCGUGGCAGGGCUUGGCGAACUGGAUCGAGGUUGAAGUGAUGAAGGCGUCGCACAUUGAGGAGAACUACUUCAGGGUCUAUAUCCUCAUCAUACCGGUUCUGCAUCUGCUCAUCGCUGUUGGUGUUGAGGCCACAUUCUCGGACCCACAACUCUUCAGCAACAUAUACAGCUCCUUCCGGCGAUGCAACACAAAGGAAGAGAACUCGGCGGACGCUGAAUGUCCCCUCUGGCCCCCUCAUUCCCCCUCCCACGUCUGCUGACAUAUGAGUAGGUGUUUUUAAAUAUGGAUUUAAAUGCGAAUUUUACAUUACAGCUCAACGGACGAACCUUAAUAGCUAUGGUAAUAGAGUUUUGUUGAACUUAGCGAUCCGUGGGCAUAUUUGGAACAAAACUAUACAACAUGAGCUGUAUGUUUUCAACAUAGAGCGGUUUGAACCGCAUCUUCUUCCCAAAUACUACAUUUAAUAAUAAACACUCUCCGUGUUUAGAGUUUUUCCGAUUAAUACCUGCAGCUGAGUUUCAUCAUCGGACGUCAAGGCAGAAUACGAAAUUCCAUCGGUAUCACCGCGACGUCUACCGUUCCACAACUGAGCGUUUUUGCCGCAUACCACCGCUAUGUGGAACCAGCUGCCCACUGAAGUAUUUCCGAACCAAUUGGACUUAGGAUUCUUCGAGAUAAGAGCGUACCACUCCUUAAAAGACCGGCAACGCACACGCGAUCCCUCCGGCAUUGAGUGUCCAUGGGCGGCGGUAUCAUUUAACGCCAAGUCAGCCUUCUCCCCGUUUCCCCCUGUUCUACAAAAAAACAAAACCGAUUUGUUGAAUACAAAUCGAGAGACUGCAUUUUCGUUUAGUUCCAAAUAUGUCCAUAAAGGUAUACAUCCAUACAAAAAUCUAUCAUUACAAUAGCUAUUAGCGUAUUUUACAGCUAAGGCCUCUUCACGACCUUGCUCUCUUCCUCAAAGUACAGUUUAAUUCUACCCCCUUAUAAAAAUAAAAUCAGUCCACUUUCGUCUCUUUCCCUCAUUGUGCAUACGCUGUGAGGAAAAGAGACAGGUGCAUAGUUAACGGUGCAAUCAGAAUGAUUUGGUUUUGUUAGAGCAAGAGGCCAUAUACGCAUUAAAUCUUUAUGUAAAUAGCGAUUUAAAUAAGUUUGAAAUGUUAGUAUUAGGAUUUUGUUAAAUUGUUUCCUACCCUCGAUAUUGACAUUUUUGCGCGAUAUAGAACCUAUUAACAUUAUAAGCACUUGGGUGUUUAGUUUUUUACUUACUAAACAGCUAGAUUAAUUUUGGUAGAACUUUGAGUGAGAUUGUGCUGCGAUGAUAACGGGCAGAUACUUUUUUAUUAUUAAAAACAAUAAUAUAUAUAUUAAGCGUUUGGAUUCUAGGAUAAAGUACUAUUUUAAUAGGUGUCUACAAAUUACAUCAAUAUUCACCCAGUAUUUGUAAUGUCUUAGGUACUCCAAAGUUUAUUGCAUUACGUACUUAACCAAGCUUAAAGAAAACUAAGUUACCCUUAAAAAAUAUUUUUGUCUCUCUUACAUUAUUUUUCUAUAAUAUAUUUAUUUACAUGUCCAUACUUUUAUAAGGUUAGAGAAUAUACUUAAUGGCCCAUAAAGUAUAGUAUAGUCUACAUAAGCCACAGACUAUGACAUGUUUUGAACAAUGACAGUUGUUCUCUGUCAAAACCAGACUUGAUCUAUGGCCGCUAUAUUGACGUGAAUGUACAUAUAUAUAGGAAAGCAGUUCAUGAAUUAUUUAUUUGUAGAUAUUCAUUACCUUAAUUAUACCAGUACUUAUUGUGGUUAUGUAUUUUUGGUAAGAAAUUCUUUCUUCAAGACAGAUUGUCAAGUAACGAGCAUAUCUGGCCUUUUAUUAGCCUCUUUCUGAAUAUUUCAUAUGUUCGCAUGUCUUAUACGUUAUAGAACCUUGGGGCUUAGUCAAGAUUACUUAACAGUACUGUAUGUAGAAAGUCGAAAAUUGAAUCUGUAAGAAAGUUUUCGAUACAAACUGUCAUUUUCAUACAAAUUUAAUUUUCCACACUACUCUUAAUGCAUCUUGACUAAGUCCUUGUCAUGUUCAUGAUGAGAAUAGAUAAGAAAUCUUUAAUCUGCGUGCCUUAGACCGCGACGAUACAGAACAUAUACCUUUCAACCUAGUUUCUGAUAUUAAAUAUCAAUACCUGGGAGAUUUGAAAUAAAUCUGCAUUAUUAUUUCUACCUUUAGUGAUCGCUAAAACACAGAAACCGCUGUCAAACUUUCAUGUUUGACAGUCAAUUUGAUUGAGACAAUAUGACUUGCCCUACAAAACUCACGAAACCAACAAAUCUAAAUUAGAUUUGCCAUUUUAGUACCGUGAUUUAUAAGUAACGUAACAGAAUAGUAAUUAUUCAUUUACGUAUUUGGAACUAGACGGUAGAACGAUCAUUCGAAUAGUAAUCGUGUAGUUAACGAAUUGUAUGGAACGAUGCGUUCGAGCUGGCCACAUACCAUAAUAGGCUAUUUGACAAGAUAUUAAAAUCAUUUUAGAUUAUUUAUUAGUUACUUUAGAACACAUUCUUAUUAUUUAUUUUUUAUUGGCUUUAAACAUUCAAAAUUUCAAGAAACCGCCAAAACACUUCUGGCAAGAUGGCGGCGUACAAUGCUUUGAACGCGUAAACAAACGUCAAAUUUUUAAGGUGUUACCAUUAUUAAAUUAAACAAAUACACAUAUUUUCAUCGCAAACAGUUCCGACGAAAUAAAUCUCCAAAACAUUGAAUUAGACAGCCGAAGACAUACAAACAUGCUAAGACAUAGUCGCUUCGACUAAUCUGUGUCGUUAUGUGUCACCUGACUGACGUAUUAAAAUCAAUGUAUUUGAUUAUAUUUUUAAAAUAAAUAAUGAAUUUUUGCUUUUUAAAGACACAUUAUACAUAUUAAUAACACUUUAUUUUGAUGUUCGCUCCAAGUCUUUCCAGCUCUCUUUGCCUCGUCUGCAACUGUUCUUGUGCUAGUCAAGUGUCGUUGCUUAGUGUUUUUAUAUUCCAAAAAGCAAUUCGUAUCCGUGAUUUAAUGGAGAAACACAAGGCUCAAGACCGAUCGCGAUGGAGACUCACUGUGGACUCCCUCUGCCCCAUCUAGGAGUUAUAGGACAUCAAAAUCAAGUUAUUUUUGAUACUCUCAAAUAGCCUAUUUUGGUCGUCAAUUCGCUCUUAGUAAGUUGGGCUUGUUGAUACAAGCCAAAGUAAUAAUGUGCCGCAUUUGUUUUCUACUUGACAAUCUGAACAGUAAGAAUGAAUUAACGAAACAUUCAAAUUAUCAACGCCCAUUUCAUAAACGCUUCGUCUCUUCCUGUCAAAUGGUAUUUACGCUGUGAUGAAAAAAGACAGGUUAUCAUUGCCCGUCAUAUAACCUCGAAAGUUUAUAAUUCGAAGUGAAUUUCUUAUUUAUGAGAAUGUCAAACCAGUGUUUUUCAUACAACCUAGAUAAACGUUUUCAUGAUAAAAACGUACUUAUUGGAAUGCAGUCAAUUUUUUCACGUAUAAAAAACGUAUAAGUCUAUUGGAUAUUUUUUCUAAUUAGACAAAACAUUCUUUUAGAUUUAUAAUACGUUUUCGAAUGAGUCCAGAUUCUUUAGUUAUUAUAUUAAAUUAUUUAUAUUCGUUUGGCUCUGUGAACAUUAACAGCGCACGAAUAUAGUUAAAGGUACUUUAAAGUGUAGUUCCAUAUUUAGUUUUUAUCUCAAACUAAUUCCGAAAGUGUGUAAAUUCCAGGAAAUCAUUUCUUGGUAACAAGAAACUUUUUGGAUUAAGCCCGGUUUUUGUUUUAUAUCAUACAAUACAGUGUUGCGAGAUGGUCUCGACGACGUACCCCUAGAUUAAUUUGAUUUCCCCGCAGAAAUCCCCUAGGAUCCCCCUCACCAAGCGGAUGGUAGCAUGGGCGAUGGCACGAUUCUUUAAAACCGCGGUCAUGUUGUGAUUGUUGGAAAAUGAAAGGCAUAAUGCAAAGUUGACGGAAGUAAUAGAAAAGUUGACGGAUUCCAAGUUUUAUUCGGUUUUUUGCGAUUGCAACCAUCAUUACUAUGUGUUCGUACUACAAUUUAGUUCAAAAGUCAGGAACGUACGUACGAACGUGUUUUUUAAAAUUUCCCCUAAAAACACCCCAAAUAUUCUUUCUCCCUAUUCUGCCCCUAACACGCUUGAGAAACCCCUAAAUCUAUGGGGAAAUCCUCUGAUCUGGCAACACUGAUACAAUAUUAACUUUUGUAGCGAGACUUAAAUUAAUUCUUGUAUUGAACUAUUGCGUAGUAUAAUGCACGUACAGUUACUUAUAAAUUGUUAUUUUAGCAAAUUCAGUUCCCCACAACAGUAUUUUGCAGUUUCAUACCAAAAUUCAGCAAUGCAGUUAAUUUAGUAUUAUUAAAGGCUAUGCUUCAUUCCUAAUGAUCUAGUACUUAGUUUUUAGUCAAAGUAAGAAUUGUUUUCGAUGUGUGAUUUAUUGAAGGAUAGUGCAAUUCAUAAAAUGUAUUUUCGAUAACCUGCUGGCUUGUCAACUGAUUUACGUUUUUAUACACAUUUCUUUAACGAUUAACGAUUAUAAGUAUUUCUGUCUCAUAGUGAUACACAGAUCAGAGGAGUGAGAGUGUAAAACAAAAGACGAAAACUUGCGUUCAAUUGUGAUUGGUCAAACGGACCGUGAAGCAUGUCAAUUGGAGAUGUUGUUGACCAAUCAGAAUCGUUUCGUCUAUUGUCCAGUGCAUAAAGGUAAAUCACGUUACAGUGUAAGAAAUUUAGACUUAUAGCGAACCUUAGCCAAUUUUAUUUCUAAGUCGUGUCGUAUUUUGUAUUGCGUAACCCAGUGUUAUAUAGAGUAGAAUUUUAUAAGCACCCAGACAGAAGGUAUCUUUGGUUUUGGCACUUAACGUAUAUUUUGCAUGAUCAAGUAAAUAUAUUUGUUCAUUUAUAGGAAAAACUAGUGUCCAACUUGUCUAACGUGUACAUUUUUUACUCUGAACUGCAGGAAUAAUUAUUUCUUAAACUUUUAAUAAAAUCUAUAAUAUAUAAUGUGAUCAUUAACUUUUCUAAUAUUAAUUGUAAAUUAUAAACGUGAACCGUGCCACAUAUGACACAAUCUGCAACUCCCUUGAAAAUUAUACUAUAAAUAUACGUUUCAAGUAGUUGAGCUGAACACUAAGAUACAGUUGACAGAGUCCAAAGGUCAAUCAGUUGAUAAUGCUUAGUCAAGUAUAGAAUUUUGUCACGUCUAUCGAAACUUGGAUACGUGUUUUAUAAAUGUAUUACACGAUUGUGGUCCUAAUUCUUGUUGUAUUUCUCGAAUAUUGGGAACUUGUUGACUGUUUUUAUUUAAUGUAGUCGAAUAUGAAUUGACUGUAAACACUUGAUGUGACCAAAUGUAUUGAAUAAAAGUCGUUAUAGCAA